AUCGAAUUUCUUCAAAAGAAAGACACCAUUUCCAUUUUAAAAAUAUUAGUCGACGCCGUUUCAGGUUGUUUUAGACUUUGAAAAUGGUAGUGUGCAAUGUAACGUUAGCUAUUAUUACAUCGAUUCUCUAAAACUAGGCACUUUCAUGAAGUGUGUCACACAUUUGACCGAAUAAUCCGACGUUGUUGUUCUGUGGCUCCAGUAUUCCAAAUAGUGGGCCAUGUAUUGUCAGUUAUAGGACAGAAAACGAAAUAACCCAAGCAGUGGGAGUGUUAAGCUGAAGUCCACAUUGCAAUGCCUAUUCGAGCUUGGAUGAGGCAUACAUCAUGGAUGUAUUGGGCAUACAUACAUAUCAAAAGAAAAUUAAUAGUUAUAAUAUCGCCCUCUGCUGGUAGACUUGAAUUACUACACCUGUCGCUCAGUUAUGACGUUCCUCACGUGUGCUUUUCCCAUGAUGGUGACCUCCUUGGUCUGUAAAUACCUCUUAUAUACUGUCUAUGGUAAAUACAGCCGCGCUUUGGAGAAAUGAAGACGAGCGAAUUAUUAGUUGUUACACUGUAAAUGGAGUAAGUGUACUUUUCCACCAGGUUUACUGCUAUAUUCUCUUUGAGUUGCUUAUUUCGUAGGGAUUCAUAUUAUAUUUAACAACUACAGCUGCCAUUCUUUAUUUGUGAUCUGCUUUGAAUUCUUUGGAUGGGAUCUCAGGAAAUAGCCUUUACUUUUAGUUUAUAUAUUAUGCUAUAAUUUUAAAGUAAUGGCUGUGCAAAUGCCCUUUACUGGACUCCUGUUUGUGCACAGGCUGGUGAGAAUUAGCACAUCCAGUCAAAGACAUCUCAGUAGCAGGGACAUUCUCCUGAAAUGUGAGAGGGGGACGAGAACUUUUUCAACUGCUUCUGUGAAAUGUAAUGAGAAUAAGGGAGACAACUCAGACUCAUCGGCCGCGGCCACCAAGCUGACCUUCAGGCGAGCACUGCUGUCCAGAGGGAGGCGGCCCCUGUCCCCCCUGGAGAGGCUCAGUAGCCUGCUGCCCCAGGAUGCCCUGAGCCCCGAGGUGAUGCAACUGAGGGAGCAGAUCCGGCAAGACCCUGAAGAAGUCCCAAACACCCAGGUGUUGGGCACACAAGACGAAAGUGGACACGAAAGAAUUCCUAAAGAGGUCGAUUCAGAGACCCGUCACGCAUCAGAUGCAGCCCAGGAGACAACCACUUCAGACGCCCAGUUGAACGAAGCAUUUAAUGAGGAAAAAAGUUUGACUUCACCCACUCUUCCUCGGGAGAGCCUGCUUGCGUUCGGGGAGUUGCUUGUCGCCGAGUAUCGUAAGAAGGGGCGAGUGGAGUUCAGGAAGAUGUUCGAGCUUCAGACAGGGACACGUCUGCAGAGCAGCUGGGGGGUUAUCCUGCACGACGACAUAGCCGGGCUGCCUGCGGGUUGCUUCCUGAAGACGAGCAGGGGGGUUCUCCUUCUCAUACGUCGGGCCAGUCUAGAGGAUUAUGUGCUGUAUAUGAAGAGAGGGCCAGCCAUCGCCUACCCUAAGGAUGCAGGUACUAUGCUGAUGAUGAUGGAUGUCACAGAGGGAGACUGCGUGUUGGAGUCGGGCUCUGGGUCCGGGGCCAUGUCUCUGUUCCUGUCCAGAGCAGUUGGCUGUAAGGGCAGCGUGCUGAGUGUGGAGGUCAGGGAGGACCACCACCGGAGAGCUGUGCUGAACUACAAGCGCUGGAGGACAUCAUGGAGUCUGCGGCGAGGGGAGGAGUGGCCCGACAACGUCCAGUUUCACAACUCUGACCUCUGCACGGCUUCCUCGCUCCUCGCUGCUCAGGGAUUCCAUGCGGUUGCUCUUGACCUGAUCAACCCUCACCUGGUUUUACCCACUGUGAUUCCACAUCUGCACCCCGGAGCUGUAUGUGCAGUCUACCUCGCCAAUAUAACACAGGUCAUUGACCUACUUGAAGGGCUCCGAUGUUUGGCACUCCCUUUGCUGUGCGAACGCAUCAUCGAGGUUCCAAUGAGAGAUUGGGUGGUGGCUCCGGCCCUCCAGAAGGACGGGAGCUACUGCGCCAGAAAAGCGCCGAUCCUGGAUGAAGACCAGAGGGAGGAUGAGACAUCUGUUGAGGCUGACACAGAGAUGACCAAAGAGAAACACCCAGCCUUCGGGAGUAUUCCUUACAUUGCCAGACCUCAUCCGGAACAAAUGAGCCACACAGCAUUCCUGGUGAAACUGAGGAAGUGUGUGCGGUAGCUUUACUGCCCGUUAGGAACCUUGCAAAAAAAAAAAUGAUUGUUGCAUAUCCACCAAAUUACUGUAAAUAAAAAAUAAUCAGGUCACUAUUUUCACUGUGUGAAAAGUGUAUUUUCAUGUGUAUUUCAGUGAAAAGUAUCUUUCAAAUGACAAGUUGAAAAUCCUAGACAAACUAUUCUAACAGUGUCCCCAUUGUGGGAUUAAUAAAGGAUUUUGAAUCUUGAACAGUAAAUUAGGUGAAAUUGACUCAGAGAAAUCAGUUUAAUGCACUGUACAAUUGUGUGCAUACAGUAAUUGCCUGCAUCUAAAGAGCAAUACAUUUGCCAAAACAAAGGCUGACUGAGA